AUGGGCGUCGGCAAGUUCAUUCACCACAUCGGCACGUUUCUGCUCUUCGUGUCGUUUGUGCUUCUCAUCGUCGUCGACAUCACAGCCCCUGUCAUCAACAACCUCUCGAUAAUGAAGGUCGACCUCGGGAGAAACCGUGCUGGGGCUGACCAGGUCACAUUUGGCACCUUUGGUUACUGCCUUCGAGGCAUAGACGAUUCCGAUGAAUGCACCCACUCCAGGAUUGGCUAUGACCCUGCCAAUCUGAUGAACCGCCUUGACGGCACCGACUUUGGCGAUGCCUCUGCCACCACCGCCAAGGGUCUCACGCGAGUUAUGGUUCUGCACCCUGUCGCAACGGGCUUGUGCUUCAUCGCCUGCCUUCUCUGCAUCUUCACCGGCACCGUCGGCUCCUUCUUGGCCUCCCUCGUGUCGCUGAUUACGUUUGUCGUCACCUUGGUAGCCAUGGUCUGUGACUUUGUCACCUUCAGCAUCAUCAAGCACGACGUCAACCAAAACGGCGUCAGUACGGCCAGCUGGGGUUCCGGUAUCUGGCUCAUUCUCGCCUCCGCCAUCUUCACCCUCCUUGGUGCCGCCGUCGUUUUUGUCACCUGCUGCUGUGCUCGCAAGAAGAAGAGCUCGGAGCGCCAGAAGGAGAACUGGAAUGAGACUACUACUGCCCCUGCCAGCGGCCGCAAGCGUCGCUUCUGGUAA